GUCGUCGUUCUAAUAUUUUCUCUCCAUCUCUCGUCAAUGGCGACGACGGAGUCGCCGAGCUCCGUUCGGAAAAUUGUUGUUCAUCUAAGAGCUACAGGAGGUGCUCCAAUACUGAAACAAAAUAAGUUCAAGAUUUCAGGGACGGAUAAGUUUGCUAAAGUGAUUGACUUUCUAGGAAGGCAGCUUCACUCUGACUCAUUGUUUGUGUAUGUAAACAGUGCUUUCUCGCCGAACCCUGAUGAAUCAGUGAUUGAUCUAUACAAUAACUUUGGGAUAGAUGGGAAACUGGUGGUGAAUUAUGCUUGUUCCAUGGCAUGGGGAUAAAAAACGAGGAUGUGCUUCACAUGCAUCAUCAGAGCUAAGAAGUUGGGCAUCAUGUCCAAUGAUGGGAUCCGCAAAAGAUGAUGCUGCUGUGCUACUUUGUUUGCUAGGAUAAUCGAAAGUGUAGUUGGAAACUUGUUUGUACAUUCAUAGGAAAUGGCUUUUUCAUCUUUUAUUUUUCACUUCAGAAUAUAUACAUUACAAAAUGCAACGAUUUUAAGGGGCGGUUUCUCUAUCA